GGGCGGCGCCAAUCCCUCUCGCGGCGCAGCCCCGCGCGCGUUUCCCCGGCCCCCUCCCCCUCGUUAGUGGCUGGAGCCGAAGGCGCGCAGGGCCGGAGACGUCGGAGGAGCCGGAGCCUCGGGACGCGGAGCUGCUCGGAGGCGGUUAAGUCGGUGUCUCUCUCUCCAGCGAUCGCACGGAGUAAUAGCUCUUGGAGUCUGCAAUAAAAAAUGGCCUCCAAUAAAACUACAUUGCAAAAAAUGGGAAAGAAACAGAAUGGAAAGAGUAAAAAAGUUGAAGAGGCAGAGCCUGAAGAAUUUGUAGUGGAAAAAGUAUUGGACCGACGUGUAGUGAAUGGGAAGGUGGAGUAUUUCCUGAAGUGGAAAGGAUUCACAGAUGCUGACAAUACUUGGGAACCUGAAGAAAAUUUAGAUUGUCCAGAGUUAAUUGAAGCGUUUCUUAAUUCUCAAAAAGCUGGUAAAGAAAAAGAUGGUACAAAAAGAAAGUCUUUAUCUGACAGUGAAUCUGAUGAUAGCAAAUCAAAGAAGAAAAGAGAUGCUGCUGAUAAACCAAGAGGCUUUGCCAGAGGUCUUGAUCCUGAACGAAUAAUUGGUGCCACAGACAGCAGUGGAGAGUUAAUGUUUCUUAUGAAAUGGAAAGAUUCAGAUGAGGCUGAUUUGGUGCUGGCAAAAGAGGCAAAUAUGAAGUGUCCUCAAAUUGUAAUUGCUUUCUAUGAAGAAAGACUAACUUGGCAUUCUUGUCCAGAAGACGAAGCCCAAUAAUUGUUUGCAUUGCUUUUUAUAUAUAUUUAUACAUAUAUAUAAAAUCUGGGUCUUGGUUUUUUUUUUUUUUUUUGAUUUAUUAGUGUGAAGAAAGAACUACAUUAUAAUGAAAAUCAAGUUUGAUAUGUUUGUUUUAAAGUAGUGCUGGGAAGUUGUUGGGGGGGUUGCAUCUGUAGCACUGGUUACUUUGAACAAAAGCUUUCUGUAGUUGCUUCCUUUAUCAGAAAAGAACAUUUGAUACCAUGUUGUAUUUUUUCCUCUGCAUUAGAGAAGCUUUUCUAAAUGUUGAGGGAAAUCUCCAUAGUCAUUACUCAGUCAGAUUUGUAUGUGCCUAAGGAUCAUUGUGGGUUUUUUGUUUAGGGGGGGUGGGGGCGAGCGGUAGGUGUGUAUACAUAUGUAAAUGGUUUUCCCUUUUUUUUUUUUUUUUUUUUUACCAAAACAAAACCAUUUCACAACCAUAGAUAAGCUCAUGUUUCUGAACUGACAUCAUUUUCAGCAACCUAAGAAAAAAAAUCAUUUGAAGUUAAAUUGAAAUUUUUCCUGAAGCUUUUAACCUUUGAAAUUAGAUAAUUUAUAAUUAAUUGGGCAGUUAAAAUAUAAUGUAAGCAGUGUAAAUUGGACAAUUUAAAGUAAACAUAUCAGAAUCCAUAUCUACAAUCAUAAAUGCAAGUUUAUUUGCAAAACCCCUGAAAGGAAAAUUUUAUCACUGCCAAUAACCUCCUCACCCAAAUGAGAAAAGUAGGCAAACCCUGAUGUGUUUUAAUUAGGUAAGCAACACUUAUUUAAAGGUUUCACCUCAUAAAAUGUUCCUUUAUAAGAAGUUUAAAUCCCUAUGCUAUAUUGACUAAAAAAAUAGGGUCAUGGAAUGACUUUAUUCAUGGAUACCUAAUCAGAUUGUUAGAGACCUUGGCAAUUUGGGACCUGCUGUAAUAAAUGGACGAACAGACUUUUUGUAAUCUUAAACUCUUGGUCUGCAUGUUUUCUCUUUACUCCAACUCAGUCUUUACAUGUAGGCUCAGUCUCAGUAUUUGGGGUACUGGUUCAACAAAAGCCAGGAAAAACAAUAGCUUUGUAGUAAACAGAAUGUUACCCAACUGUAUAUUGUUUACUUUAUUGUAAAUACUGGUAAACAGUGGUUAAUAAAUAGUUUUAUAUUC